AUGAAGUACAUUUUUUUGUUUGUUAAUCCAACUUCUGGGGGAAACAAAGCCUCGAUAUUUACAGAAUUUGGAGUUAAUGAGAUAAUAUUUCACAAGCCUCAUAAAUGUCACUUUUUUAUAUACAACAUUUUAGAAGGAGAAAAAGGAAAGAAGCCCGGAUUUAUUAAGCUAAGUAAUAUUACAAAUAAUGUUAGUAAUUAUGAAAGUAAUGUUUUUUCGGGUAGUUCUUUUAACACUAAAAAUGUUAGUAUGACAAAUGAUAAGAUAACAUGUGAGAAUGAAAAGAGGGAAAUGGAAGGAGAGGAUGUAUUGAAUAAUAAUAAAAGUAAUGAUGAUGAUAAUAAAAAUAUAAAUAAUAAUAAUAAUAAAAAAAUGGAGACUAAAAAAACAUUAGGUCAUAAAGACAUUUUUGUCUACGUUUUGGUUGCUGGAGGAGAUGGAACUCUCAAUUGGGUUCUAAAAGAAGCUGAAUAUUAUAAUAUUAAUGACAAUAAAUUUGCUAUAGGUGUUAUACCUUUUGGUACUGGUAAUGAUUUCGCAAAAGCUUUUGGAUGGAAAAAAAUUGAUAGAAUGUUGAAUCAUUCUUUUUUAUUUGAUAUUUUAAAAAAAAUUGUUGAUCAGACAUUUAAAUCGAAAGUUGAAAAACAUGAUUAUUGGAAUAUCCAUGUAGUAUUAAAAGAAGAAGGAUAUUUUAAUAAAAUUAAUUCUAGAACAAAAAAAAAAGAAACAUUAUUAAAUGAUAAUAAAGAAAAUUUACAUGAAAUGAAAUUAUGUAUGAGUAAUUAUUUUAGCAUAGGUAUAGACUCACGUAUAGGUAGAGGAUUUGAAAGACAUAGACAGAAAAGUGCAGUGUGUAAUAAAUUUAUAUAUGCUGUUGAAGGAUGUAAAAAAGUAUCUUUUAAAAAAAAUACACCAAUAAAUUUAAUUAUAGAUAAAAUGAUACAUAUGGAUAAUACUACUAAUAAUAAUAAUAGUAAUAGUAAUAAUAAUAGUAAUAAUAAUAGUAAUAGUGUAAUAUUCACUACCAAUCAUAAUGAAUCAUAUCCUUUAUUAAAAAAAGCCAUGAGUAUUAUAUGUAUUAAUAUACCUUCUUAUUCAUCCGGUAAUGAUAUAUGGAAUUAUACACAUAAAGUUGGAUUAAUCCUACCUAAAAAUAUUACGAAUGAUCAGAAAGAACAAUAUCAAAUAUUAAAAAAAACAAAACAACAAGUAGGAGAUGGAAUAUUAGAAUUUGUCAUAUAUCAAUCAGGGGUAGAUCUAGGUUUAGAAUUCACGAUGAAAGGUAGAGCAUAUAGAGUUCAUCAAGGAUUUGGUCCUUGGAAAUUACUUUUUAAAGAACAAAAAUAUAAUGUUUAUUUUCAAGUUGAUGGAGAGUACUACCUUAUGUCCUUACCAGAUUUUAUAUCUAUUGAGCAUUAUAAAAAGAUAAAUGUCUUGAAAAAUAUUUUGUAG